CCUGAUUGUACCUGUCAUAUGGGAAGCGUAUCAACGCGAAGGUUAGCGCGGCUUCCCGAACCUCACCACGUUCUAGCCGCAGCACAGCCCCACUCUUUUUAUCGCGCUUACUCCCGCUUCCCAGCAUCUUUCCAGCUCCCACCCCAAUCUUUUUUCCCCACGACAAUCUCUAUACAGCCACUCUUGAAAUCGGAACCCCUCGGCACGAGAAGCUCGAAGAAAAAGUGCUUGGAAGCAAAAUGGCUCGCGGUAACCAGCGUGAAAAGGCUCGCGAAAAGAACCUCAAAGCCUCCGCCGGUCAGAAAUCAAAAAACGCUAUGAGUGGUACCGAGUAUGCCAAAGCGAAAGAGGACACUGCUGCUAUAAUGCGUGCCAAACAGGAAGCUGCCGAAGCACGCAAGAAGGAAGGCGGCGGUAGUACUGAAAAGAAGAAGAAAUAAG